AUGGACAACAUCGGCUUGCAGUUCGGCCUCAUGAACUCGCUCGGCCGCAUUGCUGGAGACAGCCCCCUUGUCAGCAUCCUACUGUGUGCCUUGGUGCCCUUCCUGCUGAAGGAGGUCCCACGCCUGCUGGAAGCUGUGUGGAAGUUCUUGGAGAAGUACUUCACUUACGGGGAGAAGUACUACACCAGGCGCAUCGCCUUCACACAAGGCGACAACAUGCAAGUGCGCAGCCACUACGGCCAGCGAGAUGUUUUCGGCUCCGAAGAAACAUCGACCGAGCGCAACAACAUCCUGCAGAAGGCGAUUCGUCUGUACAUCAAUAAGGACAAGUCUCUGCUCCGCAUCAAGGAUGCUGAGAUCUACUUGCUUGACAACGAUGCGCACACGGAGAAGGGGCCACGAUUCGACCGCUUCGGAGACAUGAUGCCGGAGGUAAAAUUCUUCGGAGACCUGGAUCCUGCGGUGAAGAAGCUCAUGGGCUAUGGUGUGGCCAAAGGGCCAAGAGAGCACGACUACCUCCUGGUUGACGCCAAGCGCAGCAUCGAGUUCAUGUACCACACGAACUACAUCGCCCCCGACGCCCCGGACGAGUCGAAGGGCAAAGGCAAGGGCGGGGGCCAAGGGGGAGGAGCCGGGAAGACGACCACCACCUUCGUCCUCCGAUCCACCGGGCCGGAGGCCGAGAAGAACGUCGACAGCUUCAUCGAGGAGGCCCUGGAGCACUACAAGAAGCAGCGCUCGAAGUCCGUCGAUCGGUCCCGGUACUUCUUCAUGCCCCAGAUACAGAAGUCGGACUCCGACUCCAUGGGCAUGGGCAAGGGCUAUGGGAAGAGCUCCCAGGGUGCCGUGUACAAGAAGUACCUGCUUUCGGGGCACAAGACCUUCGACUCCCUCCACUUCCCGGAGAAGGGCCAGGUCCUGCGCAUGCUGGACGACUUCCUGAAGAUGGAAGGCAAGUUCGCCAUGCCCGGCUUUCCCAACAAGCUCGGGCUGCUUCUGCACGGGCCGCCCGGGACGGGGAAGACGAGCCUCAUCAAGAGCAUCGCCGAGUACACGGGCCGGCACAUCGUGGACGUGCCCUUGACCAAGGUCAAGACCAACCAGGAGCUCUUUGACAAGAUGUUCGACCUGGUCUUUGCCGUCCCUGGUGAGGACGAGGCCGUGCGGAUGCGCUUUGACAACAUCGUCUUCGUCAUGGAGGACGUGGACGCUGCAUCCAAGGUCGUGUACCGCAGGGCGCCCGCGAAGGACAAGAAGAAGGGCAAAGGGAAAGGGAAGUGGAAGGGGGACGAAGGCAAGGGGAAAGGGACGCCGGAGGAAGGAAAGGGGAAAGGGACGGAGGAGGAAGGAAAAGGCCAGGGCCCCAAGGGCCUGAAAGGCCUGCCGUCGGCCCCGCUGAAGCUGAACCGGGCCCAAUCACACACGCUGACCCUCGUCCGAACGAUCACCAUCGGAUCGGAGCCGAACGCAGCAGCCGAUGUGGCCGAAGUGGAGGAUGAGUUCGAGGAGCUGGACAUGGAAGACGAGGAGGAGGAGGAGCUGGAGAGAUCUGAGAAGAAGUCCAGCGACUCCGUUGAGCACUUGGCAGCUGCCAUCGGCAGGCUCGGUGGCAGUGGUGGUGACGGGCAGACCACCACCUUCUCAGGCCGCCUCUUGCAGGAUGCCGAUGAGCUGAACCUCUCAGGGGUCCUGAACGUCUUGGAUGGGGUUGUGGACUCUCCCGGCCGCAUCCUCAUCAUGACCACGAACCACCCCGAGAAGCUGGACCCUGCCCUCAUCCGUCCCGGCCGCAUCAACUUCGCCAUCGAGCUCGGGUACAUGAAGGGCGACUGCCUCUGCGAGCUCGCGGCGCGGCUCAUGGGGGAGGAGCUCACCGAGUCCCAGAAGGAAACUGCCUGUGACAUCGCCUUGAAAGGGAAGGUCACGCCCGCGAAGGUGGAGCAGUGCUGCGCCGAGGCCACCUCCGUGGAGGGCCUGCUGGCGGCGCUGAAGAAGAUCGCGGAGGAGGUGAAAUAA